UCUGUAGCGCCAACAUUGACACCUCCACAUUUUUCUUAUAUGUAUAGAAUUUAUGGGUUCCAGUCAUUAUUAACUACAAUCAAGUUGACAAGCAACCCAUGAGAAAAAGAAACUUCAUUAUCUAAAAGGCUCUACUUAGUGUGGAGACUUUGGAGAGAAAGUGGGGAAGAACUAGAGUACAGCUUUGAUCUGUGAAUCGGUGCGGGGGGAAUUGAGGGUUGCAGGAACCACACAAUGCACGCCAAGACGGAUUCAGAGGUCACCAGUCUGGACGCAUCGUCGCCCACCAGAUCUCCACGGCGGCCGGUCUACUAUGUGCAGAGCCCAUCACGAGACUCCCACGAUGGAGAGAAGACCACGACAUCCUUCCACUCCACUCCUGUGCUCAGCCCCAUGGGCUCCCCUCCCCAUUCCCACUCCUCCGUCGGCCGCCACUCCCGGGAGUCUUCCUCUAGCCGCUUCUCCGGCUCCUUGAAGCCCGGAUCUCGCAAGAUCUCCCCCAAUGAUGCCUCUCGGGGUGGCCAUCGGAAAGGUGAAAAGCCCUGGAAGGAGUGUGCGGUGAUCGAGGAAGAAGGGCUCCUUGAAGAUGAAGAGCGUCAAAAAGGUCUCCCUCGCCGCUGCUAUUUUCUCGCCUUUGUUGUUGGCUUUUUUGUCUUGUUCUCUCUCUUCUCCUUGAUUUUAUGGGGUGCGAGUAAGCCCCAGAAGCCCAAGAUCACUAUGAAGAGCAUCACAUUCGAGAGAUUCGUCGUUCAAGCCGGUUCUGAUUCUACAGGGGUGGCUACUGACAUGGUGUCCAUGAACUCCACCGUCAAACUCACAUUUCGAAACACUGCAACAUUCUUCGGUGUACAUGUAACAUCGACGCCUCUAGAUCUAUCCUACUCCCAACUCAGGGUGGCCUCCGGAACCAUAAAGAAGUUCUAUCAAUCGAGAAAGAGCCACCGAUCACUAACAAUAGUACUGAUGGGUGAUAAAAUUCCACUCUACGGAGGUGGAGCGAGUUUGAGUACUUCCACCGGCACAACCACCGAACCAUUGCCUCUAAAAUUGAGCUUCAUGCUUCGAUCCAGAGCUUACGUUCUAGGGAAACUGGUGAAACCAAAGUUCUAUAAAAGAAUCGAAUGCUCAGUAAAUUUGGAUCCGAAAAAGCUUAAUGUCCCGCUAUCACUCAAGAAAUCAUGCACAUACCAAUAGGCAAUAACAAUCCGGCAUUUGCAGAAGAUACCGCUUGUUUCUCUUUUUUCCUUUUUCGGUGUUUGGAGAAGAAGAUCAAAGGGACAGCUAUGACGGGCAGCUUUUGAGUUGUUUGGGCAGCCGUGGAGGACGCGAUCACUGACUUUUGGUUGCCCGACUGCCCGGAGAGUUGGAGAGCAGGUAGUGACUUGUGAGUGAUUAUAUUCCCUUUUUUUUAAAUUUUUUUUAAUGUGAAAGUAUGUAAUAAUUUAUGUAUUAUGGGUGUUGACAUUACAUUUAUGGGGUAAUUAUAGUCUCAUUUAAUUUAAUAAGGUAAUUAAAUUUGUCUUUU